GCGCACGUGGUGGUGGUCUGUUUGCUUGGGUGACGCCGGUAACGACAUAAGCACGUAAGCCCACAAGCAUAGAGCCUGAUAGAGCCACAAGUGCGAGCGACGUCGCCGCCGGGAGACUUUUAAUCAGCUUGUUCUACUAGAAACAUUGCUGUGCAGAACAAAUCGAUAGAAUGGCUGAAGAUGCUGCUCAGCGUGUUCAAACUGCCGUGGGCAACAUGGUCAAGGAUCUCGACAACUCUUGUCUCCGCAAAAUAUUGGGCAACAUGCACAGGUGUGCAGUUAAGUGUUGUGACGACUCCAGCUUGUCAAUGGAUGGUGCUCGCACAUGCAUAGUGAACUGCUCAGAACCUCUAAACAAAGCCCAAGACAAAGUUGAAGGUGAACUUGGAAACUUUCAGGACCGCAUACAAAUGUGUGUAAAGCAGUGCGAGAAUGACGUGCGGGACCAGAUGAGCUCAAAGACGACAGAAGCAGAAGCGUCCAAGCUGAAAGACCAAUAUAGCUCAUGUGUUGUGAAGUGUGCAGACAAACAUAUUGCUCUUUUGCCACAGAUGCACCGAAGGAUGAAAGAGUCGCUAAGCACACUUUAGAAUCUACUGUGCACUGCUGUUUCAGUUGUUUGUACUGACUUUUGUGUUUCUAGAAUGAGUGAAUACCAAUUUACAUGGCAUGUGGCCUUGCUUGUUGCUAUCUGCCAUAAAUUUUUGAUGAUCAAAGCAAAAUAAUAAUU